AUGGUUGAAGGACAAUUUAGAUCACGUGGUUUUUCGCGGGGAGGUGGUUCUCGUGGACGAGGUGGAUCUCGAGGCAGUUUUGGAGAUCGUGGCGGUGGAUCUCGGGGAAGUUUCGGAGAUCGUGGUGGAUCUCGAGGCGGUUUCGGAGAUCGUGGAGGUCGAGGUCGAGGUAGAUUCCAAUCUGAUCGAGGAGGUAAAUUUCAGUCUGAUCGAGGAGGUCGUGGAUCACGUGGUGGAAGUUUCCGUGGUGGUAGAGACGGAAGUUCAUCGCCAGGUGUAUGCUAUAAUUGUAAUCAACCUGGUCAUUUGUCACGCGACUGUUCCGAACCAAGAAAACCACGAGACAGUAAUGGACAAGUUAAUAAAUUUGGCGCCGGUGGUAAUCGUGGUGGCUUUAAUAAUGCUGAUAAUAGAAAUAAAAGUCCAUCAACAUUUGCAAAUAAUAAAAACAAAAGUAUUGAUUUGAAAAGAAAAUUUCAACAAAAGGAUAAUGAAGACGACAGCGAAGAUGAACAGGCUAGCGACGAAGAAAUUAAAAACCAACCAAAGAAAAAAAAACAAAUUGAAGCUGACGAUGACGAAGAAGAAUCGCUUGAUGAUGAUAGUGAUUUGGAUGAGUCAGAUGAGGCGGAUUCCGAUGAUGAAGCAAAACCAGCUCAAACACAAUUGAAGAAGGUUUCGACUACACCUGUUGCGGGAAAAACAUCAGCGCCAACUCCUGUGACAAACAAUAAAACAAAACAGCAGAAUUCAUCUCUAAAUAAAUCAACGCCACCUGCAGCACCAAAAACAUCAGUGAAUAAUAACAAGAAUAAACAAACAAAAUUAACACCGACAGAAGAUGGUAAUACAGCUCUUUACUAUGUGGAUGAUGACGAUGAUGAUGAUGAAGGAUCGGAUGAUGAUGACGACGUAUGUCAAGAAAUCUCAUCGAAAAAAAUCUCCCAACAACCCUCGAAAAGUCAACAAAAACCAACUAAUACACCAACAACUGCUCAGAAAAAACAAACAGCUACUACACCAACAACAACAACACCAGCCAAUAAAUUGAAAAACUCUACACCAGCAUCAAAGAACAAUAAAAAAACUGAUGAAGAUGAUGAUGAUGAUGAUGAUAGUGAUGAUGAAGAAGAAGAGCCAACUGUUGCUUCAAAUAAAAAAACACAAGGAAAAUCGUCUGCAGUCACUGAACAGAAACCGAGCGCAAAACGUAAAUUAGACGCAAAUGACAUUUCAACAGAAAAAGUAUCUGUUGCCAAUAAACAAGACGAUGCACGAAAAUUAUUUGUCAAAUUUCUUCCACAUGAUGUUACCGAAACAGAAUUGCAACAAUUAUCAACAGAUAUUCGUAGUGUUCAGUUGAAAUCGAAAAUUGCAAAAUAUAAAAAAGGAGAUAAAUUAGUUAAAAAAUCUUAUCCAUUUGCAUUACUUGAAUUCGAUAGUGAACAAACAGCUGAAAAAAAUCAUGCCAAAUUACAAGGCAAACAAAUACGAACAUGGAAAAUUCAAGUUGAUUUUGUUGGUGAAAAAUCUCAGUUUGAAAAGAAGUCAGAUUUUUCGUUGGAUAAAAAACAACUUUAUAUUAGUCCUAUUAAAGAAUCUGUUACUGUCAGUCAAAUGAAACAAUUAUACCCAAAAGCUAAAUUUGUGAAAGUGCAAAAACGAAAAGUUGGAAAAAACAAAGUGAUACAAUUUGCUUUUGUUACGUUUGAUGAUGAAAAAGAUGCUGAAGAAGGUUUAAAUGCUCAUACAGAAAUUGGUGGAGAAAAAAUACAUGCCAGUUAUGCUCGUGAACAAAAACCACAACAAGAGAAACCAAAAACAGAUGAAACAGCCACUCCACAAAAACAACAACAAAAGAAACAACCAGAACAAGAACUUGUGAUGAAUGCUAUCUAUGUUGGUCAAAUACCAGAACAUGUAGAAGAAAGUGAAAUUAAAAAAUUAUUUCCAAAAGCGACUAAUCUCGAAUUUUUUCCAGCACAACCAAGAAAACAAGGUGUCCGACUUGGUCACGCAUUUAUCACCUUUUCCGAUGACGCAUCAGCGGCAGCUGCUGUUAAACAAGGUAGCAGUGUGACAUUAAAAAAUACGCAAUUGAAAAUAUCUUAUCGUACCAAACGUGCAGAACCAGAAAAACGGCCACAACAAGAACAAACUGGCCCAACAAAUAAAAAGCAAAAAACUGAAAAGAGUGCAAACGAAACACAAAAGUCAAAACAAGUAACACCCUCUACUACCCCCGUUAAACAAACAACUCCAGCAACUGUUACUCCUAAACAAGAACAACAAAAAGUACCAGCAAAAGCAAGUAAUGGCAUAAAAAAAGAAACGCUCAAUACAAAACAGCAGAAAAAUUCCAUUACGCCACAAGGAAUAGCUCAGAAAAAAAGUGUGACAAAAAAUCCAAAAAUUCAAAAUGAUGACGAUGAAGAAGAUAGUGAUGAGGAUGACGACGAUGAGGAAAUGGAUUUUGAAGACGAUGAUUCAGAUGACGAUUUAAACAAUGAUGAUCAACAACUAAAAAAAACAGUCGCAAAAAUGGUUGGCUCACAGAAAGCUACAAAACAGAAUGCAUCGAAAGCGGAAGCAGAUGAUUCGGACGAUGAUGAUGAUGAUGAUGAAGACGACGACGAUGAUGAAGACGAUGAUGAUGACGAUGAAGACGAUGAAUGA